AUGGAUGCCAACACAGAUUGUACUUCAACUCAUGAGUGUGAUGAGGUUGUUGAGGAUACAAACAUUGAAUGUGAUGAAACUAUUGAACAACCUAUGGUUGGAAUGAACUUUUCAUAUGUAGAAGAAGUUUGGUCUUACUAUAAGAAGUAUGGUAAGCAGACGGGCUUUGGAGUGUGUAAAAGGAAUUCUAGACAAGAUGAUGAUGGAAAUGUCAGUUGGAUUUGCUUGGCAUGUGUGCAUGGAGGCACAUCAAAAAGUAAGGCUGUCAAUAUUAUGAAACCAAGACAAACGGAGAAAAUAGGAUGUAUGGCUAGGAUUAACGCGGUACUAAAUGAUGAAGGUGGAUAUACCCUAUCUAAAGUGAUCUUGGAUCAUACACAUGUUUGCAGUCCGAAAAAGACAAGGCAUUUCAGAUACUUUAAGAAGGUUGAUGCUCGUGUAGCGAAGAGACUUGAAAUAAAUGAUGAGGCAGGAAUAAGAUUGUCAAAAAAUUUUAAGGCUGUGGUUGUUGAGGUGGGGAGGUACGAGAAUGUGUCACUCGGGGAGGAGUGUCAAAACUAUAUUGAUAAAGCUAGACAACUUUGCCUCGGGGUUGGAGGUUCUACAGCUCUAUAUGCCCGGAGUAGAGCUGCGUAUGAAUCAUUCGGGGAUGUCAUCGUCUUUUACACAACAUAUUUGACUAAUGUGUAUAAGAUGCCUUUUGCACCGUUUUUGAAGUGUAUGAAUGAUCAACCACCAAAUGCAAUCAUCACAGACCAAGAUAAGGUCAUGAAAAUUGCAAUUUCGAGGAUGUUUCCAACGUCUAGACAUCGCUUCUGCUUGUGGCAUAUAAUGAAAAAGCUUCCUGAAAAGUUUGAAUCACAUUCUCGAUAUGAGGAAAUCAAGAGUACUCUGCAUAGGUGCAUUUAUAACUCUUUGAGUGAGCUUGAAUUUGAAUCACAGUGGCUUGAUAUGCUCGAUACCUAUAAUCUGCAUGAGAAUGCAUGGUUUGUAUCACUAUAUACUGAUCGCCGUUUUUGGGUGCCGACAUACGUUAGAGACACAUUUUGGUACGAUUCAGCCCUUAGGAGGAAGGUAGAGAAUGAAGCAAUUGCGGAUUUUAAUUCAUUUAACACAGAGACUCUGUGCAUCACUCGCUAUCCUCUUGAGAAAAGUACAUUCGAAGUUGUCGAUGAGAUUCAAGUUGGUGAUGACUUAUUAAAGCAUGCAACAUUCACUGUCAGAAUUGAUGAAGAUCCCCUUGAUGUUAAAUGCAGCUAUCGGUGGAGGAAGGAUGUAAAGUAUAAAUAUACCUUUGUGAAAAGUAGUUAUGACACUAGUAGCAUCGAUGAUGCCCAAAUGUACGAUAGAAUCCAAAAUUGCUUCUAUGAACUGUAUUCCAAUGCUUCAAAGUCUGAAAGCAGUUGUGUGAAAUUGAUUAAUCAGAUAGAACAGCUGAAGGUACAAUACCCACGUAUCGCUGAUCCAAUUACUUCCACGGGGGGCACGAUAGUUGAUCGAGAUACUUCCAUAAGGGGCACGACAGUUGAUCCAAUUACGUCUAUGGGAGGCACGACAGGUAAAGUUCUUAGUCCGUUGGUAGUUCGGAGUAAGAGAAGACCAUCGUCUAAGAGAAAAGUGCAUCCUGCUGAGAAGAGUCUUAAAAAAUCUAGUACGAGAAGACAAUUACACCACGACGAAGCUGAGCGGAGUAGUCAAGCUCCAGAUGAAUGCACUGUCAGCAACACACAUCAUGAGGCUCCUCAAACCCAGUAUACGCCUCAUCAAAUAUACACUAUGGAUUUUUUUAGUAUUGGACAGACUGCUCCUCCUUCACAGGCGCAAUUGAGAGGAUUGCAUAUUUCAGAAGAGGAUAAUGAUGCGAGAAAUUAA